AUGAUAGUCGUGUCGGGGAUUCCAUGGAAGUGGGGGAUCGAGGAGAUUGCAGUAGUGGACCAGUACACAUCGCUCGGAGUAGAGAUCGCAAAAGACUGCUCGUGGAAUGCACAAAUGUCCAAGGUAGCGGAAAAGGGCAAAGCACGAGCAGGGAAGCUGCACCCAAUACUCGCAAACCGGCACCUCGAUACACGCAUCAAAGUGACGGUUUUGAAGAGCGCAAUCGUACCGCCGUUAGAGUAUGCCGGAGAAGUAUGGGAAGGAAAUAAGAAGGUAGUGAGAGAACUCGAGGCGGCGCAGAUGAAAGCAGCGAAAAUCAUCCUAGGUUGUUCCAAGUACACAAGUAAUGCAGCCGUCAGGGCAGAAUUGGGGAUCCAAUCCCCACGGUCGGGAAGAGACGCGAGGAAGCUGACCUGGCAGUAUCGCAUGGGCGGGAUGGGAGAGGAGGGAGGACGUAUGGAAGGGGUUCGACAUGACGAAGAUGAAACGCUGGAAACGGAGGGUCUACAGGGGUUCAAGGAGAAGAUAUCUGGUGGUUGUGCCGAGAGAGAAAAACAGAAUCUAAGGAAAGAAUCCAAGGAUAAGGAGGGUCUAGAAGUGUACGGAAUGUUGAAGGAAGGAAUAGGGUUCAAGGACUACCUACAUGGACCAAUGGAUGCAGGAACAAAGCUUAAGGUCAAAUUCAGGACCGGGGACAUAGGCCUUCGAGAACGUCGACGAAGACAUAGGACGGUAGACGAGGAAGACGACGAGUUCAAAUGUGAUUGCGGCUUCGAAUGCGAAGACCGUGUUCAUGUAGUCGCGGAAUGUCCGUUGUACAAGAAGGAGAGGGAACUUUACAUGACUGAGCUGGGAAAAAUAGAUGGGACGUACAGGGAGAUGUUUGAGGCAUGGAAUAGAGAGGAAAGGACGGUAGCUGUACUGGGGCAUAGGAGGUGGGUUGAAAAGGCGGGAAGGGAUAUCGUUAGGAUAGACAGACUAGGGAAGACAUUUUUGAGCCACCUUUGGCAAAGUAGAAAGGAACGAUUGGCCAUCGGUGAUCGGUCCUGUGGGAACAAUGCUCCGUCCUCUCGAGGACGCGUGGUCAAUGGUCAAACCGCUAUGGCAUGCAAAACAUAAGAGUACUUCCCCUCCAUCGCUGCA